AUGAGUAGUUUUCAUCCUAAUAUGAAAUUUCAUGCGAGCGGUUACGUGAUACAUGGAUCAAUGGGACAUCUAGAUCCCAAACAGGCACCUACGAAGAGGAAACCUUAUUCGGCCAUAUUAAAGCAUACAUUUAUCCAAAGAGUAGAGCUUAUGAUACCUGAAGAGCUAUUUUCUAUAAUAAGUGAAGUAGUUUUACCUCAGUUUCCCGCUCCCGCGUAUAGCCGGGUUAUUCUUCCGCUCAGGGCCCUAUUGGAGGGGGAUUUCUUCAAUACUUACAUAAAACUGGGAAAUAUUUUAAUGCUGUCAGAGGGUAGGAUUGGAGCAGAAAACGUUUACUGUGUUAGCGAUGGGAAAUUGAGACUACAUUUAGACAGAGAGAGCUAUGAAAGAUGUGGACUAGCAGGAAAGCCGGAUGGGGUAAAGGGAAGCCGAGGCAGGAAACCUAGAUGGCUUGUUGAAAUCGAUCUCAGACAGCCCUCAAUGUUUCGUGGAAAGAAAGGCUUCGAUAGACUUGAGAAUGCCUUUCAAAAAGUACUCACUAAUCCAGUUACCUGGCUUUUUUGCGACCCUGAUUCAGCCUCUGUAAUACCAGACCCUCUCGACACCCACAUGCCACUAAAAAGACAAGUCGAGCCUGAAAUCACUAAAGACAUGACUGUCGCCAUGCCCUCGCUCAAUCCACCGAUUUACGGGAAAGACACCACUGAUUUUGAAGAGUAUUCGCAAGAUCUACAUGAAUGGUUUUCUCUAGUUAUGCUGAAUAGUCCUCGAAUAAGCUAUGAAGAUACGAUAGAUCCAGCUCUUUCCCGAUAUAGACCCCCGAACAACCAGCAAAAGUGCAGGCUGGUCAAGAUGGUGUGGCGAGGGUUUAUCCCUCCCGCAUGGGCGCAUAGAUUUUUAGUUCAAAUAAUCUCAUCCAGUCCACGAAAUGUAUGGUUUGCACUGAGUAUCACCGGAUUUCCUGAGGGAUUAUUCAAUAGGGCCAAUGAUUGUCUGACCUUGAGGCUUCCGGAUUCCUCAAACGAGUAUAUUUUGUGGGAAACUAGCUAG